AUGACUUCGAGCUAUGUGAGCCUAGAGGAUCAGGAAGAGUAUAAAAUGAUGGGUACUGUGGUUUUUUCAAGCGAGGAGGAAGGUUACAAAUUCUAUUUAGACUAUGCAAAGGGGAAGGGUUUCAGUGUGAGGAAAAACAACCUUAAACGGAAGGACGGUGAAAUUAUAUGGAGGCAAUUCGUAUGCUCAUGUGAAGGGUACAGGGAGUUGAAGCACUUUGAGAGGACAGAGCGGAAAAGGGAGCCACGGGCACUGACCCACUGCGGUUGCUUAGCUAAGCUUGAGAUUGAGCGGAACGAGGAGAAGGGGGUGUGGUUUGUUAAGGAGUUUGAUAACCAACAUACGCACGAACUUGCAAAUCCAGACCAUGUUGCUUUUUUAGGAGUUCAUCGUGUGAUGAGUGAUUCUAAGAAAGCCCAAGCGGUCGAGCUUCGCAUGAGUGGCCUUAGGCCCUUUCAAGUCAUGGAGGUUAUGGAGAAUAACCACGAUGAGUUAGACGAGGUUGGUUUUGUGAUGAAGGACCUUUAUAAUUUCUUUACGCGGUACGAGAUGAAGAAUAUCAAGGGUCAUGAUGCUGAAGAUGUGUUGAAAUAUCUAACAAGGAAGCAAGAAGAAGAUGCAGAAUUUUUCUUCAAAUACACCACGGAUGAGGAAGGGCGUCUUAGGAAUGUGUUUUGGGCAGAUGCUGAAUCACGUUUAGACUAUGCUGCUUUUGGUGGUGUUGUUAUUUUCGAUAGCACUUACCGUGUGAACAAGUACAAUCUUCCUUUCAUUCCUUUCAUAGGAGUUAACCACCACAGAAGUACAACAAUUUUUGGGUGCGGAAUUCUAUCAAAUGAGUCUGUCAACUCUUACUGUUGGCUCCUUGAGACUUUUUUGGAGGCAAUGCGUCAAGUGCAUCCAAAAUCAUUAAUUACCGAUGGCGACCUAGCAAUGGCGAAGGCUAUCAGUAAGGUAAUGCCGGGUGCUUACCAUAGAUUGUGUACUUGGCAUAUAGAGGAGAAUAUGAGUCGUCACCUUCGUAAGCCAAAACUCGACGAGCUAAGAAAAUUAAUUUAUGAGAGUAUGGAUGAAGAGGAGUUCGAGAGACGUUGGGCUGAUUUUAAGGAGAAUGGAGGCACGGGAAAUGAACAAUGGAUCGCUCUGAUGUACCGACUAAGGGAGAAAUGGGCAGCUGCCUAUACAGAUGGGAAAUACUUGUUGGGUAUGCGCAGCAACCAACGUAGUGAGUCACUGAACUCAAAGCUUCACACCCUUCUAAAGAGAAACAUGUCACUAAUGUGCUUAGUCAAACAUGUUAAGUUGUGCAUACAAGGCCUGCGUAAGAAGGAGGCUCAGUUGGACGCUAAGUCUACCAAUUCGGUCCCUUUUUGUAGAAUAGACGCCGACCCAUUGGAGAAAGACGCUGCCCGUAUAUACACCGCAGUCGUGUUCAAGAAAGUCCGUGCACAGAUACGGCUAAUUGCAGGACUUGAAGUCAUCAGUGGGACUAAUCAAGAUGGUUCGUCAUUGUAUGUUGUUGGUUUGAAGGACGAUAAUGAGGUGUGGGAUGAAGUGAGGGUUUCUUUUAAAGGCCAGGCUUUGGAAGGUGUGGAAUGUCACUGUCGGAAGAUGGAGUGCGAAGACAUCCCUUGCUCACACAUUUUUGUUGUAGUCAAGUUCCUUGGUUUUGACACCAUCCCUCGUUGUUGUGUCGUGGAUAGGUGGACAAUGGGAGCAAAGGCGGCAUUUAGGUCAGACAGGAAUGCCGAUCCUAAUGUGUGGUCUGAACACAUGGUUCGGUACCGUAGCCUCCGAAAUCUAGGUAGUGAUGCUUUCUUCGAGGCCGCUAGGAACCCUGAGCAGACAGAAAAGGCGAUGGAUUUCUUAAAGGGGAUUUUGGAUAAAGGAUCGUCAUCCGAUGAGAACAUCGUGGCCGGAGAUUUUGGUCCUAUGCCAACUCACUUUUUGUCUAGUAACCAGCCAUUAGAGAAGAGAGUACUUGAUCCUGAAGAGAUUAGGGCAAAAGGAGCUCCAUCGAAGAGACGAAGGCCAUUCCAUGAGACAUUGCACACAAAUAACCAAUAA